AAUCCUCAUCGAAUCACCUGAUAUCCGAAACUAAUUUCCUUUACGCUCACUUUAACGUAAACUUCUGCUCUGCUAGCUGAUUUUGGUACAGGAGGCGAGAGAGGGAAGCUUUUUUUUGCUGAAGACAACGUAGAAAACUGAUAGACAUCACCAACUUAUGCUCACUGGUAAGAUGAAUGCACAGCUGCAAUCUUUCGCUUUACCUAGAAGUGGUAAUGAAGUCCUGAUUAGGAAAUUCAAAAACACAGACCUUCACGUCUGCCGAGAGAUUUUUACCCAUGGAAUGGAACAGUUGAUCAGCCUAGUAGCACGCGUUGUUUUCCCGAAAUAUAUCUGGAUUCUAUCGACAUGCAGCGUCGUUGUUCUCGUUCUUGCCCUCGCAAUCAAGUGGAUCGUAAGCUUUUUUCUCCUCUAUAUGAUUGCUUGCGUCGUAUUGGCGGCCUCGUUGUAUUCAAUGCUGUAUAUGGAAUGCUGGAACUUCAUCGAUUCUUGUUUGGCAACGGACCUGAAGGACAUCGAUAGAUGCUACAUGUCUAGUGAAAAUUGUCGCAUGUGGGUGGCUGAGUGGAAUGGUAAAGUUGUGGGAAUGGUUGGACUUAUUCACAAGGAAAGUCACAAACCAGGAGUGGCAGAACUUCAGAGGAUGUCUGUAUCACCAGCCUGUAGAAAAAUGGGAAUCGCUAAGAAACUACUCGACGAACUGAUCAAAUUCGCAAAGGAUCAGCAAUUUCAGAAGCUUGUGCUUACCACCACUAGUGCACAAACACCAGCCAUUCGACUGUACAAGAAAUACGGCUUCAAACUCAGAACCUCUAUUCCUUAUCCUAAAAAGCUUCUUAGUGAUCUGAAACACUAUUGCUUUGAACUCGAGUUAUGACCCUGGUUGUUAUUUCUUCCUCUAAACUGUCCACUAUGGAUUUGGAUUUAACUUGUCAUCAAUAUUUAGGUGAAUGUCCUUGCUACACUCCUUAAUGAAAGAACGGAGAGGUAAGCUAAUUAAUUCUGACCAUAUCUAAGUUUUCAGCAGCGUCGAAUUAUUAAAGCAAAU